CCAUCUUCCACAGCUUGACUCGACUUAUCAACUUGCUCUGCCAGCAGACCCAAAAGAUGUCCUGCAACAGCCUGUGCGUCCCCACCUGUGGCGUGGCCACCCCGGCCCCUCUGGCUGACACCUGCAACGAGCCCUGUGUGCGGCAGUGCCCUGACUCCACGGUGGUCAUCCAGCCCCCGGCCUCGGUGGUCACCUUCCCCGGGCCCAUCCUCAGCUCCUUCCCCCAGCAGAGCGCCGUGGGCUCGGCUGGAGCUCCCUACGUGGGAGCCGGCUCCGGUGGCGCCUUCGGAGGCCGUGGCGGCUACGGGGGCUACGGUGGCUAUGGAGGCUGGGGCUAUGGAAGCCGUGGUGGCUAUGGAGGCUGGGGCUAUGGAGGCCGUGGAGGCUACGGCGGUUGGGGAUGUGGAGGCUACGGAGGCUAUGGAGGCUUUGGGGGCUAUGGCGGCUAUGGCUGCGGCUACGGCGGCUGGAGCAGCGGCCACCGCUACCUCAAUGGCAACUGCGGGCCCUGCUAAGCCCCAGCCCGAGUGCGGCCUCAGACCAAGAAGAGCUCCAGGAGAAACCCCGGCACAUCCCGACCCGACGCUCUGUGGACCGAAAUCCCUUUGUCCUGGCCGGCCUGUGCACCUCGGGAGCCUGGUGCCAGCUUGGGAACCAGCCCUGCCUUGUCCCUGCCCCACCUGAGCAUCCCCGUGGGGCUCCUGGUGCCCCCAUGGUCCCAGAGACUCUCCUGGGGCUGCUCCUGCUUGCCCGGCUGUGCCCAGGGCCAGGCCACGGGAAGCCCUUGGCCAUGACCCUGCUCUCCUGCCCAGCCCCUCCUGCCCUUCCCCUGCAAUAAAAGCUGUCUUGCAUUGCAA